AAAAUUACUGGAAUGGGUACCAUUCCCUUCUCCAGGGGAUCUUCCCGACCCAGGGAUCAAACCCGGGUCUCCUGCUAACUCACGAAGGGGUCGGCUCUCCCUGGAACGGCCCGCUCUUCUACCAGUUGGCUGUCCCUGGUCUCCCUGUAGGACGUUGGCCCUCUGUGCUAACAGCCAGUCUCCCGCUCCAGUAAACUCUCUUCUCUCAUUCUGUCUCAUGUCUGGAAAUUCUUUUCCAACCUGCACACAGAUCAUGAAAAUAGGGGAGUGACGUGACAUAUAAUAAGACACGUUUGUUCUGCUGUUUGAGUACCUAUUGUGUAAAAGUGCAAAAGAUAGAAUGCUUAGGUGGUCACCCCCACACCCUCAGGUACAGACAGUUAUAAACAAGUAAGUAGGUGUACUGGUUUGCCAGGGCUGGAUAACAGAAGACCAUAAAGUGGAUGACUUAAAUAACAGAAAUCGAUUGGCUCGUAGUUUGGAAGCUAGAAGUCUGAGAUUAAGGUAUCAGCCGGGUUAGUUCCUUCUGAAACUCUGUUCCAGGUUUCUUCCCUAGUUCCUGGUGGUUUGGUAAGCAGUCUUUGGUGUUCCUUGGUUUAUAGAUCUCUGCCUUCAUCUUCGCAUGAUGUUCUCCCUGUGAUGCACAACUGUGUCCAGAUCUCUUCUUCAUAUGACACCAGUAAUGUUUGAUUAGGAGCCCACUCUUCUCCAGUAAGACAUCAUUUUACCAAAUUACAUCUGUAGUGACCCUGUUUCCAAAUCAGGUCACAUUCUGAGGUACUGGGGAUUAGGACAUAAAUGUGUGAAUUUUGGAGGACAUAAUUCAACCGAUAGCAAACAGUGGGCACUUAUCAUUAGUUUAUUUAAUUGGCUAGAGGAAAAACAGCUAAAGGAGUUAGAAGCAUUUGAGUUGUGGACAAAAUAAACCGGAAGCAAUUAGUGUUAUUGUUUUUAGCUGUAAAAUGUCUGUAUCUCUGUCUGUGACCAGACACAGACUUCUGUUAUGGUCUUUUGACCCAGAUUAUAGUUAAGAAUUGAGGCGAGCGGGGCCGGCAGCCCUCGGGCCCUCCCCCAACCCGUGAAAGCGCGGGCUGCCCCAAGGGGGCGGCUUGGCCGCCGCCAGUUUGGUAGGUUAGUGAGGGAGCGAGGAGAAAAGCAAACGGCCGUCUCAGACUCUCCAGUCUCAGAGCGUGCCUGCUUCCCAGCUGGGGGCUUUGGAGAAUCUCGAGGCCGUCUUGUAAGCUGUGAGUAGAAGGAAUCCCUUUCCCCCGACCCGGAGCGCUGAGUCCUGGCGACUACUUCCGGUCCGCAGCUGCGGGCUGACCGAAGGCGUUUGGCCCGGGGGUAUUUAAACUGGCCAAAGGCAACUUCAGACCUAUAUAAUGUAACAGAAAAGGUCAGGAAACAUUAACCAAUAGAAGCGUGGAGCAUAUUAAGCAAGAUGAACCUCUCAGGAAGCAGUUGUGGAAGUCCUAGUUCUGCAGAUGUAUCUAAUGAUUUCAAGGAUCUUUGGACAAAACUGAAGGAGUAUCAUGAUAAGGAAGUACAAGGUUUACAAGUGAAAGUAACCAAACUGAAAAAGAAACGAAUUUUAGAUGCACAAAGACUAGAAGAAUUCUUCACCAAAAAUUAACAGCUGAGAGAGCAACAGAAAGUCCUUCAUGAAACCAUUAAAGUGUUAGAAGAUCGAUUAAGAGCAGGAUUGUGUGAUCGCUGUGCAGUAACUGAAGAACAUAUGCGGAAGAAGCAACAAGAGUUUGAAAAUAUUCGGCAGCAGAAUCUUAAACUUAUCACAGAGCUUAUGAAUGAAAAGAACACUCUGCAGGAAGAAAAUAAAAAGCUUUCUGAACAGCAGCAGCAGAAAAUUGAGAAUGAUCAGCCACAUAAAGCAACUGAUCUUGAAUCCGAGGAAGAUGUUAUUCCAGAUUCACCAAUAACAACCUUUUCAUUUUCUGGCACUAAUCGGCUACGAAGAAAGGAGAACCUCCGCGUCCGAUAUGUAGAGCAAACACAUGCUAAACUGGAGCAGUCUGGCUGUGCACAUGAAUUGAGAAAAGUACCAAAGUCUUCAGCUCAUCGACAACAUAAGCCUAAUAAGGAAAGUGAAAUUCUAGUGGCUGACACUUGUGAUCAGAGUCAAGCUCCAGUGGCUAAACCACAUGGAAAAAGCAGUUAUCCUCCUGAUAGUUUAGCUACAGUAGUCGCUGAAACACUUGGACUUUGUGUUCAAGAAGAAUCUGAAUCUCGAGGCCCUCGGAGCCCUGUUGAUGAUGAACUCUACCGCUGUCUGGAAGGGGAUCACAAAAAACAAGGUUUUGAGGAAUGUAGAAGAAAUAGUGAAGAUAAUUUAAGGUUUUCAGAUUCAAAGACUCCUCUUCAAGAAGAAUUGACUAAUCGGGUAUCAUCUCCUGUAUUUGGAGCUACCUCUAACGUGAAAAGUAGUUUAGGUUUGAAUACAAGUUUGUCCCCUUCUCUUUUAGAGACUGGGAAAAAAACCCAUCUGAAAACAGUGCCCCUCAGCAACACUUGUGCUUCUGGACUAGAGAAACCUAGGUCAAAAUCUGAAGACGGAGCCCUUAUCACACAUCAUCUUCUUGGGACUGAAGUAAACAAGAUCCCUAAUCAGUCAUCUUCUAAUAAGCAGAUGCUUAUAAAUAAAAAUACAAGUGAACCCCUAAGUGAGCAGGAUAGUAUUGAUCACAUUAAAGAUACUGAUAAAGAUAAACAUGUGGUACCCCUGAAGUCACUGGGAGGCAGAACCAAGAGGAAGAAAAUUGAGGAAGAAAGUGAAGAUGAAGUAAUCUGUCCCCAAGCCUCCUUUGAUAAAGAAAAUGCUUUUCCUUUUCCACUGGAUAGUCAUUCUUCCAUGAAUGGAGACUAUGUGAUGGAUAAACCUCUGGAUCUGUCUGAUCGAUUUUCAGCUAUCCAACGUCAAGAGAAGAGCCAAGGAAGUGAGAACUCUAAAAUCAGAUUUAGGCAAGUGACUCUCUAUGAGGCUCUGAAGCCCGUUCCAAGGGACUCUUCCUCAAGCUGCAAGGCCUUGAGCAGGAGCUGUGAGCUAACCAAAGACUCCCCAGAAGAGCCCUGUUUACAGGAGUCCCUUUUCCAGUCCUUGAGUAAAUCUCCAGAUAAUAAAACACUGUUACAAAUAAAGGAAGAAAACCCAGUAUUUAAAAUCCCUCUUCGUCCACGUGAAAGUUUGGAGACAGAGAAUCUUUUUAAUGACACAAAGGGUGCUGGUUCUCAUGAGCCUAUAAAGAUAAAAACCAGAUCCAUCCGUGGAGCAUGUGAAGUUGCAUCAGUUCUUCAGUUAAAUCCAUGUAGAAUUGCUAAAACAAAACCUCUACAAAACAACCAAGAUGUAUCCUUUGAAAAUAUCCAGUGGAGUAUAGAUCCAGGAGCAGACCUUUCUCAGUAUAAAACGGAUGUUACUGUAGAUGAUACAAAGGAUGGCAGUCAGUCAAGACUAGCAGGAGAGACAGUGGACAUGGACUGUACGUUGGUUAGUGAAACCAUGCUCUUAAAACUGAAGGAGCAAGAGCAGAAGGGAGAAGAGAGUCCAAAUGGAGAAAGAAAGAUGAAUGAUAGCUUGGAAGACAUGUUUGAUCGGACGACACAUGAAGAAUAUAAGUCCUGUUUGGCAGAGAGCUUCCCCCAGGUAGCAGAUGAAGAGAAGGAAUUGUCAACUACUACAAAAAAAACAAACACUCCUGGUGAUAAACAAGAUAAAGUCAAACAGAAAGCAUUUGUGGAGCCAUAUUUUAAAGGUGAUGAGACUGAAUUACAAAAUUUUCCUCAUAUUGAGGUUGUUCGGAAGAAAGAAGAGAGAAGAAAAUUACUUGGACACACAUGUAAGGAAUGUGAAAUUUAUUAUGCAGAUUUUCCAGCAGAAGAAAGAGAAAAGAAGUUGGCUUCCUGCUCAAGACACCGAUUUCGCUACAUUCCACCCAACACACCAGAGAAUUUCUGGAAAGUUGGUUUUCCUUCUACUCAGACUUGUAUGGAAAGAGGUUACAUUAAAGAAGACCUUGAUCCUUGUCCUCGUCCAAAAAGACGGCAGCCUUACAAUGCAAUGUUUUCUCCAAAAGGCAAAGAGCAGAAGACAUAAAUGUUGAAGCAAAAACAGAAGAGAGGACAAUUUUCUUUUUAGUUAUUUAUAGUUAAAGUUGGUGUUAAACGUUGAUUUUUUUUGAACUUCUGUAAACUGGUUUAUAAAUCAUUUUUCUAUUGAAAGUGUUUUUAAAUGGCAUUUACUCAUCACACAGACAACUAUUUAAAAAUGUGGAUAAGUUUAUGUUGUAUUUUCUUGUUUUUGCACCUUGUAAAUAACGAGGUGCUUUUAUUUUGCACUCUAAAUUAAGAGUUGUAUAUUACUUUAUUUGGUAAUACCUAAUUACAAUUUUGAAAAUACAA